GACUGGCGGCCAAUGGCUAUCGGCCGUAGGCAGCGCGGGCCACACCAGCGACUCCAUCAGGCAGGCAUUAAGGCCAGUCCGACCGCGGCCGCAACCCAGCCGGCCGGCGUGCACCGUGCACGACGCGCCACAACCUCGCGUGCUACCCGCGCCGCCGGACCUACACAGUACACACAUAAACACUGGCAGUUCCGGAAAUGUGUAAACAUGUGGUGCUCGUUCCUAUGAUGACCGUCGAUUCACCAAUGCAGAAGAAGACGUGCAAACCGGCCAUGCUGGGGCGUAUGUGGUCGGCCAGUCGGCGCGCGCUCAGCUUGGAACACACUCCCGCGCACCAGUUCGGCUGCUGCCAGUGGCAGGCGCAACAGAGGCCGCCGGUCGCCUACCUCAUAUACAGAUGGCUUCUGUUCAUCGGUGUGGUAUCGGUCGCUAUCGCAAGCUUCGCCUGCCAGCAACUACCAAAGCAAUUCGAGGGCAAAAUCGAGCUAAACUACAUGAAAUGGUUCAUAUAUUUCACGAACUGGGGGCUCAUGGUGAUCGGCCUGCAGUCGGGCUUGGCUCUGGCGGUCGUGCAUCGGUACAGAGCGGAACGGAUACUCAAUCUGACGUGGGAGGGCACAUCGAGCGGGCGGCGGCCACGGACGCCUCUCCUCUGCCGAAGCUACUGGUUGGCGCACACAGUGGCUACAGACCUAGCCUUCGUCAUCACACUCAUAUACUGGACGCUAGUCUAUGACCCCAAGAUUCACGAAAUAAAUGCACUAAAUCUUCUCGUCCACGGCGGCAACUCCAUACUCAUGGUAGUAGAACUUGCAGUGACGGCGCAUCCUGUGCGGGCAGCUCAUGCGUUGUACGGGGCUGGGGCAGGCCUGGCCUACGGGUUCUUUAGCGCGUUCUACUGGGCCGUCGGUGGCACAGACCGGGCUGGUCUGACGGCUAUAUAUCCUGCGCUGGAUUGGAACAAACCUGGCUCAGCAUUCGGCUUCGUAGCGCUCUGUGCCGUAGUGUUGGUGAUAGCGCACGCGCUCGCGACGUGCGGUGCGGCGGUGCGCACCCGCCUCGCCACGCGGUUGCGCGGGCGACAGCAGGACCGGCAGGCGCUGCCGGCCUACUGAGGGUAGCUUAAGAUACGUCUAGAAUAAGUAGUCAAAAAACAAGUGAGCGUCUUCGCGAUUCUCUACGCGAUCUUGGUGCACCGCAUCCGUGAAAGCGUUCUCACUUACCUUUGGGCGCGGAGCAUCGUCACUUUGGUGCGGUGCUAUAGUCUAUUAUGGCGUGUAGGCAGAGCAGGCCCGCAUUUGCCUAAUACCACUGACUUAACCCUUCGCGCGGUAAGAUGACUUGAAUAAAGCGCUUUCCAUCGCCGUCACAUGCGGCGGUGGCCAUUAUUAAUAUUAAAAACUUGGCUACGUACCUUGGCACAGGGUUAAAUAGUCGCAAUUGAAAUUUUAAUUCAAAUUAUUUUUAAUAUGGAAUCCCAACAAACAUGUUCUAGUUAAACAACUGAUGU